AUGGAUUUUACUUCGUUCUUGACGUCCCUGGGGACUUCAUUUGUGAUAUUUUUUAUUUUGAUGAUUGUGUUUGCGUUUCUAUCGAGUAAGCCUGGAAACAAUGUGGUGUACUACCCCAACAGGAUCCUCAAGGGGUUGGAUCCAUUGGAAGGAGGGUCCAAGAGCCGCAACCCUUUCUCUUGGAUCAAGGAGGCCAUGUCUUCUUCAGAACGUGAUGUUAUUACCAUGUCUGGGGUUGACACUGCCGUCUACUUUGUCUUUCUCACCACUGUGUUGAGUAUCCUAGUUUUAUCUGGAGUUAUUCUGCUACCGGUUCUUUUGCCACUUUCUGCUACUGAUAAUGCUAUGAAGAGACAAGGUGCGAAGACACAAACGACUAGCAAAGGAACUUUCAAUGAACUUGACAAGUUAUCAAUGGCUAACAUCACUGCAAGGAGUCCGAGGCUGUGGGGAUUUUUAGUUGCAUGUUAUUGGGUUUCAAUUAUUACAUAUGUUCUCCUAUGGAGGGCUUACAAACAUGUGUCAUGGCUGCGAGCCGAAGCUCUUAAGUCUCCUGAUGUGAAGCCUGAACAAUUUGCCAUAGUGGUGAGAGACAUACCUCAUGCUCCUCAAGGUCAGACUAAGAAAGAACAGGUUGAUGCUUAUUUUAAAGCCAUCUAUCCGGAGACAUUUUACAGAUCUAUGAUUGUAACAGACAACAAAGUGGUGAACAAGACUUGGGAGGCCUUAGAAGGGUAUAGGAAGAAGCUUGCCCGUGCCGAAGCAAUAUAUGCAGGGUCUAAAACAACUGCAAAACCAGAAGGAACAAGACCUACAACCAAGACUGGCUUCCUUGGACUUUUUGGUAAAAAGGUGGAUAGCAUAGAUUAUUACAAUGAUAAGAUUAAUGAAGCUGUUACAAAAUUGGAAUCUGAGCAAAAGGUCACUCUCAGAGAGAAGCAGCAAGACGCUGCUCUGGUAUUUUUCUCAAGUAGAGUGGUUGCAGCAUCUGCAGCUCAGAGUUUGCAUGCACAAAUGGUUGACACUUGGUCAGUCUUUGAUGCUCCUGAACCCAGUCAACUAAUAUGGCCUAAUUUGAAAAUCAAGUAUUUUCAGAGAGAGCUGAGGCAGUACUUGGUGUAUGUCAUUGUGGCGCUGACUAUAUUCUUCUACAUGAUUCCAAUUACAUUUGUAUCUGCAUUUACUACUUUAGAUAAUUUGGUGAAAUAUCUCCCAUUCAUAAAGCCAAUUGUUCGUAUAAAGGUUUUGAGAACGGUGUUGGAAGCUUACCUCCCUCAACUUGCGUUGAUGAUUUUCCUGGCAAUGUUGCCCAAGUUGCUUCUGUUUUUGUCUAAAUUUGAAGGCAUUCCAACUGAAAGUCAUGCAGUUAGAGCUGCAUCUGGAAAGUAUUUUUAUUUCAUCGUGCUGAACGUUUUCAUUGGAGUUACUAUUGGUGGAACCUUGUUCAAAGCGUUCAAUAGAAUUCAGAAGAACCCAAACAUAAAUGAAAUUUCGUCCUUGCUAGCUGAAAGCCUCCCGGGCAAUGCUACUUUUUUCUUGACCUAUGUGGCCCUUAAAUUUUUCGUUGGCUAUGGCCUUGAAUUGUCCCGAAUUGUUCCUCUUAUUAUAUACCAUUUGAAGAGAAAGUAUCUUUGCAAGACCGAAGCUGAGUUAAAAGAGGCUUGGCAUCCUGGAGAUCUUGGUUAUGGAACUAGAGUUCCUGGUGACAUGCUGAUUGUCACAAUUGUCUUCUGUUACUCUGUUAUUGCUCCUGUGAUAAUCCCAUUUGGUGUGCUAUAUUUCGGCCUAGGAUGGCUUGUACUGCGAAAUCAGGCCCUCAAAGUCUACGUACCAACAUAUGAAAGUUAUGGAAGACUGUGGCCUCACAUACACAACCGAAUAGUAGCAUCUCUGAUAUUAUACCAAAUUACCAUGUUUGGGUACUUCGGGGCACAGAAAUUCUACUAUACACCACUUGUGCUUCCUCUUCCCUUUUUGUCACUGCUCUUUGGUUUUGUCUGUGCAAAGAAAUUCUACCCCGCCUUCCAACAUCCAGCACUUGAUGUUGCAGCUAAUUCUCUGAAGGAACCUCCCAAUCUGGAUUUGAUUUUCAGAUCUUAUAUUCCACCAAGCUUGAGUUCUGAAAAGAUAGAAGAUGACAGGUUUGAAGAUGCAUUGUCUUCAGUUUCGAGAGCAACACCUGUUUGA